AGCCAUUUAUUCUUUAUUCUUUUGUUGGAGGCUGCGUUCUCUGAUCCUUCCAGUAGUUGACUCAAAGACCCAAUGCUCCUUACCUCUUCACACUAAGCACCAUAGAAACCACCCGCUUAGUUUUCUUUUCCAUCUCCCCAACGGCAACAGACAUGGCAGAAUCGUUUGUCUCAAAUAUUGCUGAGAAGGUCUGGAGUAUGUUGAGCUCAAUUGCUGUGGAGGAAGUUUCCUUGGCACUAAAUGCAAAAUCUGAACUGAAAAAGCUUGAAAACACUGUCUCCGCCAUCAAGGCGCUGCUCUUAGAUGCAGAGGAGCAGCAGGAAAGAAAUAAGCACCUGAGAGAGUGGCUGAGGAAACUUAAAGAUGCUUGUUAUGAUGCUGACAAUGUGCUGGAUGAGUUUGAGAUCGAAUCACUUCGGCGAAGAGUCGUGAACCGUGGGAGCAUAGAAAGAAAGGUUUGCAACUUUUUCUCAACAUCGAAUCCACUUGCGUUUGCCCAUAAAAUGGGUACUAAGAUUAAGGAUAUUAGACUGAGGUUAGAUGAGAUUGCAGCCGACAAGGCCAAGUUUAAUCUAAUAGAGCGACCUCUGGAUAUGCGUCCCGUUCAUAGAAAGAGGGAGUUGACUCACUCUUUCGAGCGUCCUUCAAAUAUUAUUGGAAGAAAUGGGGAUAAGGAAAAUAUUAUGCAACUGUUGAUGUCUUCAAGGGAUCAUGAGAAUGUUUCUAUCAUUCCCAUUGUGGGGAUUGGAGGCGUCGGGAAGACCAGUCUUGCUAAAUUGGUGUACAAUGAUGAAAGGGUGGCGAGGAGCUUUCAGUUGAGGAUGUGGGUGUGUGUCUCAGAGGACUUUGAUUUGAAAGUAGUAAUAGAAAAGAUUAUUAAAUCAGCAACUAUAGCAAACUGUGCUGACUUGGACAUGGAUCAGUUGCAAGCUCGCCUUCGGGAAAUUUUGGAUGAUAGGAAAUACUUGCUUAUCUUAGAUGAUGUUUGGAAUGAAAGUUAUGCAAAGUGGCUUGAGGUGAAAAAUCUGUUAAUGGAUGGUGCUAAGGGGAGUAGAAUCAUUGUAACAACACGCAGUCAUUCAGUUGCAUCGAUUAUGGGCACGGUUCCCUCGUACCAUUUAGGUAUUCUUCCCCACGAGGAUUGUGUGUCUUUGUUUGUGAAAUGGGCAUUUGGUGGAAAACAACCAAAGCAAUACCCGAAUCUCCUGGAAAUUGGGAAUGAGAUCGUAAAGAAGUGCAGAGGUGUUCCUCUAGCGCUGAAGACCUUAGGGAGUCUACUGUAUACCAAGCUUGAUGAACGCGAUUGGCUGUUUGUUAGAGACAAUGAAAUCUGGAAAAUAGAACAGAAGGAAGAUGACAUCUUACCUGUACUAAAAUUGAGCUACGAUCAGUUGCCGUCUUACUUGAAACAAUGCUUUGCAUACUGUGCAAUUUUGCCGAAGGAUUGUCUUAUUAACAGUGAUUUAUUGAUCCAAUUAUGGAUGGCACAAGGGCUCAUUUACUCACCCGACCGUGACCAUGAGUUGGAAGAUACUGGAUUUCGCUACUUCAAAGAAUUAUUGUCGAGAUCUUUCUUUCAAGAUGUUGAAGACUAUGGCCAUACAUUCACAUGUAAAAUGCAUGACCUUGUCCAUGAUCUUGCAGUAACAGUAGCACUAGCUGAUCAGUGCUGUACAGUAAAUUCUAAGACUCAAUCUAUAUCAAAAGAGGUUAGACAUGUGUCCUUUUCUAAUUAUGAUUGGUGCAAAAAGGGGGUUCCAAGUUCUUUGUUUGAAUUAAAAAAUUUACGAACUAUUUACUUUCAAUUUUACAACAAGGGACCAAAUAAAUCCUUCAUCCACAUGUGCAUCUCAAGAUUCAAGUGCCUACGGGUGCUAGACAUAACUGAUUCACAUUACGAAGGGCUACCAACUACAAUUGGUGAUCUUAAGCAUUUGAGGUAUCUUGACGUAUCUGGGAACUGUCUCAUUAGAACACUCCCUAAUUCUGUUUGCAAACUCCAGAGUUUACAGACUUUGCUACUUUUUCGCUGUGAGGAGCUUGAAGAAUUGCCUCAAGAUAUAGGGAAGCUGAUAAGCAUGAGAUUUUUGACAAUAACGACAAAACAGACAUGCUUUUCAGAGAAAGGAUUAGGAAGCUUGAACUCGCUUCGAGCCUUGAAUCUGUCAAAAUGUCCCAACCUAGUAUCUUUGUGUGAAGGAAUGCGGCAUCUCACUGCCCUUCGAACAUUGACCAUUACCGACUGCAAAAACCUCACUUCAUUGGAUGUGAAAUACUUGACUUUACUUGAGAAACUAGUCAUCUAUUAUUGCCCAAAGCUUAAUUUGUUGUCGGAGGAGGAAGAUGGCAUUCCAGGCCCCAGGAGCCUUCAAGUAUUGUUGAUUAGAGAAUUACCAUUGUUUGUGACUUUGCCCCAGUGGCUUCUCCCUCGGGCAUCUACUUCUACUGCUAACACCCUGCAGUACCUGUCUAUUUCUGGCUGUCCCAACCUCACGAGAUUGCCAAAGUGGCUAGGAAAUCUUACAUCUCUUCAAAAACUUGAGAUCUUGCGUUGUCCUAAGCUGCUAUCUCUGCCAGAGACCAUGGAUCACCUUACUGCACUGAGACUACUGCGCAUUAAAUCAUGCCCGACAUUGAGUGGAAGAUGUGAACGUGAUACUGGUGAGGAUUGGCACAAGAUUGCUCAUAUUCCAGAGAUUUAUAUAACUUGAUAGCAAAAAAUCCAAAUCAGAAUGGAAUUUGGUUAGAAGAAGCAAGAAUCCAGGUUCCAAGUGCAACUUCGGUUGGUGUUCUGGUUAGGUCUGUGAGACAGUGAUCCUUAUGGGAAGCUAACCUACGUAGCAUUGUAAAGAUAACAUUCAAAAAAUAAACAUAAAUAAAGAGAUUACUUCUUUUGGAACUCUA